AUGGUGUCUAAUUUCAAAAACAACUUGGAAAUUGCAAACCCGAUAGCUGCGGCUGAUUCCAGUUCUAUUCGCUAUUUUUUGAGAGCAUCCAUUAACGUAACGACAACUGUUAAUCAACUUCUUCGAAGCUCCUGCUACGCCCAUGAUUGUGUCUUUCAUCGCCACGUGAAAAAUUGCCGCGAGCUAUGGACUUCUUCGGAGCAUGGCAUGCACUAUUUCAACUUACUGCUCAGCAGUACGAGCUGCUCUCUGAGGCGUCAACCAUCGUCAGUGAGUCUGUCAAGUUUUUUCAAUUCAAAGAAAGGUUUUGUAUGUUAUGUGGAUAUAUUCGAAUUAUUAUAG